AUGGAGUCCAUCGCGACCAUCGUCUCCUCCCCUUCUUCUCUCCCAAUUUUCUCACCCAAAUUCAAAGAUUCUUCUCCCCGUCGCCUCAUCCGCUUCUCCAGUCCCCCCAAAAAUGACGGGAACGGACCUGAUUUCAAACAAGACUCCACUGAGUACAGCCUUGUUCCCAUCCUCCGCAAUCACACACUCUCUAAGGAUGUAGCAAUGGGAUUGGUAUUGAGUGCGGCCAACGUAAGGGGAUGGACAACCGAUUCGGGCAUGGAAGGUCCUUCGGUUCCCGCUGGGUCUGAAUCUCAUUCAAUGGAGCAGGUAUCUACCUUCCCAUGGUCUUUAUUUACCAAGUCUCCACGGCGGCGUAUGCGUGUGGCAUUCACAUGCAAUGUCUGUGGUCAACGCACCACUCGCGCAAUCAACCCACAUGCCUAUACUGAUGGUACCGUCUUCGUACAGUGCUGUGGGUGCAAUAUAUUUCAUAAGCUAGUGGACAAUUUAAAUUUGUUCCACGAUAUGAAAUGCUAUGUGAAUUCAAGCUUCAACCCGAAUCCCAACAGCAAUAUGGGCAUCAAUUAUUUUAACCUCGACGAGGACGAUAGUGGUGAUAUUUUUCCUCUUUUAUAG